AUGGCAGUGUACCGAUUUGCAAAGGCCGAGGCGGCCAGUGCUCUUUCUGACGAGUUGGGCGAGGACUCCCUGCGGAGGGCCGCUCGGAUCGAGUAUGCAAUCAAGGCCGCGGAGGGAAUUGCGGAUGCGGUGGAUGCACAGCACCCGCUCUCAAAGGCUUGGCAGCUCGCCUAUGACCUCCGGGCGCACCGAGCCUUCCGGUACUGCUUGAGCCUGAUGAAGUCCAUUGAGCCGGUGCUGGGGUCCGCUGGUCGAGUGGCAAAUGAGAUCGACAAGGUCGUCCAGGAGGCCUCUGAGGUGUACGGGGUGCCGAAGGACCACAAGUACAUGGAGGAGGCACGAAGACUGGUCCUGCAGGCGAGGUCCGAGGAGGCCAAGGUGAAACGGAAGGAGGAUGCCGCUCGGAGGGCCAAAAUGUCGUGA